GCACUGGAAGCGACACUGCCAAAGCCGCAGACCGCAGAAGACGCCAAGACCUCGAUUCUUCUGCGAGUUACAUUUCUCAGUGUAUCCCAUAGGCUCCACCAAACCAUCUUCUCAGCCAAGCUAAAUGUCAUUAGAGAAUUAAAGAAGGAUGAAGCAAUUAUCAUCGUUCCAGUGCGCAAAGGACGAGCAACUGAGGUAUUGGACAAACCGGACUACGUGGCAAGAGCGCAGGAGCUGCUGAAAGACAACCAGUCGUAUAAUGCCAAUGCUCUCAAGCAAAAUGAUCACGAGCAGAUCCCGGCAGGCCAAAAGGACGAAAAACUUUUCGCUUUGGUUGGACACCGCGGUCUGAGCGGCAUCUAG